UCUUCGUUGAUUUCUGUUUUGUAAUUUUGUGUCAUUUGUUUCACGUGCAGGAUUUCGAAUUAAAUGAAAAAUGACUACACGUAUAUUGUUAAUGCGUUCUAUGGGUUUUCCGCUCAGAGGUUCAUCAACACUUACACGAAGUAGAUCGCUAUUGAUUUUGAAUUCCUAUUCAAGUGAAACAUAUGGAAGGAAGUCGUUGAUUACGUUACGUCAUACUUCUAGAAGUUACAUCGACCAAAAGGGAUAUUGUUCAUUAUUGAAUUGCAAUUCGAAUUCUCCACUCCUCCAUCAACUUCCAAAGUAUCCAUCGCCUAUUGUUACUGUUCAAACUCGCCACUUUUCAUCCCAGAAUAAUGAUGGAUCUGAUGAUGGAAACCAUAACGAGCAGUCUUCGGGGAAUGUUUCAAGUAUGGGAGGUGCAGGAGACCAUGGUGGAACAGGACCAGUUAUUCAUUCAUUGCCAGCAACCAUGACAGUUCCAGAGACUUGGCCAAGUGUACCUGUUAUAGCAAUCAACAGAAAUCCUGUCUUUCCAAGGUUUAUCAAAAUCAUUGAGGUUACAGAUAAGACGCUUGCUGACCUUAUUAGACGUAAAGUUCGUUUAAACCAACCAUAUGCAGGAGUCUUCAUGAAAUGCAAUGAUAGUGAGGAGUCUGAUGUUGUUAAGAACCUAUCUGAUAUAUAUCCAGUGGGGACGUUCGUUCAAAUUCACGAACUCCAGGAUCUUGGUGACAAACUUCGAAUGAUUGUCAUGGCACAUAGACGAAUCAGGAUUACUGGACAACUAAUGGAAGACGUCAACGAAGGAGCACAAGUGGCGUCCAUCCAUUUCCCUGGAUUUAAUGCAUCAAUUCAAACAUUGACAGAGGAAAAGGCGACAAAAAGGAAGACAAAGCGAGCCAACAUCCGCAAGCGGAAAGAAGAAAAGUCUGAUAACGAAGAUAUCAGUUUAGAUGUCGCAGCCGAGAAACCUUCAGUCGAACCAUCUUCUGCUGCACAGGAUUCCCAGUCAGUGUUAAUGGUGGAGGUGGAAAACGUCAAUCAUGACAAGUUUACCAUAAACGAAGAAACAAAGGCGUUAACUCAGGAGAUCAUAAAGACUAUCCGAGAUAUUAUUGCUCUCAAUCCAUUAUAUCGGGAGUCUAUUCAACAGAUGCUUCAUCAAGGUCAGCGGGUAGUAGAUAACCCAGUUUAUUUAGCUGAUUUGGGCGCGGCGCUAACAGCCGCAGAGCCUGCUGACCUCCAACAAGUCAUCGAAGAAACUAGCAUACCUAAACGUUUGGUGCUUUCUUUGUCGCUGCUUAAAAAAGAACUAGAAUUGAGCCGUUUGCAGCAAAAAAUUGGGCGAGAAGUGGAAGAAAAAGUCAAAGCCCAACACCGGAAAUACAUGUUGCAAGAGCAGCUGAAGGUGAUUAAAAAAGAAUUGGGAUUGGAGAAGGAAGACAAAGACGCAAUCGACGAAAAAUUUCGAGCAAGGCUAAAGGAUAAAACAAUACCACCUGCCAUUAUGGAAGUUAUCGAGGAAGAACUAAACAAACUCGGUUUCCUCGAUAAUCAUUCGUCCGAGUUUAACGUAACUCGCAAUUACCUAGACUGGCUGACGACUCUUCCUUGGGGCGUAACCAGCACGGAAAAUCUUGACUUGAAGAGAGCUGCAGCAGUCCUUGACGAAGACCAUUACGGCAUGGAAGAUGUCAAGAAGCGUAUUUUAGAAUUUAUUGCUGUCAGCGAACUGAAAAAGAGCACGCAGGGGAAAAUUCUAUGCUUUUACGGACCGCCAGGAGUAGGAAAAACUUCAAUCGCCCGCUCAAUUGCUAAAGCAUUAAACCGUGAAUAUUUCAGGUUUUCCGUUGGCGGAAUGACGGACGUGGCCGAAAUCAAAGGUCAUCGACGCACCUACGUCGGAGCAAUGCCUGGGAAAAUGAUCCAGUGUUUGAAGAAGACAAAAACAGAGAACCCGUUGGUGUUGAUCGACGAAGUGGACAAAAUCGGCAAGGGUUACCAGGGUGAUCCGGCUUCUGCGCUGCUUGAGCUGCUGGACCCGGAACAGAAUAAAAAUUUCCUCGACCAUUAUUUAGAUGUACCCAUCGAUUUGUCCAAGGUACUUUUUAUCUGCACAGCAAACGUAAUUGAUACCAUUCCGGAACCGCUUCGAGAUCGAAUGGAGAUGAUUGACGUAUCCGGCUACGUUGCAGAAGAGAAAAUGAACAUUGCCGAGAAAUAUCUAAUUCCUCAGGCUAGGCGAGAUACUGGAGUCAAUGACACCCAAGUUACAAUCGAAUCCGAUGCGCUGCAAACGCUCAUCAAAUCCUAUUGCCGCGAAAGCGGUGUUCGAAACUUGCAGAAGCAAGUGGAAAAGAUCUUUCGUAAAGCUGCUUUCAAGCUUGUCAAAGGAGAUGCCGAAACCAUCACCGUCGGGCAGCAAAAUCUUCAGGAAUUUGUUGGAAAGCCCAUUUUCACACAUGAUCGUCUAUACGACGUGACUCCACCUGGUGUGGUAAUGGGCUUAGCCUGGACAGCCAUGGGAGGUUCCACGCUGUACAUCGAAACUUCGCUGAAGAGACCGUUACGAACUAAACCCUCGAGAAGAUUGGAAGAAAAGGAAGAAAAGGAGGAAGGCGCCCAAGGAUCUAUUGAGCUGACAGGCAAUUUAGGCGAUGUUAUGAAAGAGUCAGUCCGCAUAGCCUAUACGGUAGCUAAAAUGUUCGCCUCAAAGGUGCGACCCGAUGAUCGCUUUUUCGCUGACGCUCAAAUCCAUGUUCAUGUUCCCGAGGGCGCAACUCCAAAAGACGGACCGAGUGCUGGUUGCACCAUCGUAACAGCACUUCUUUCUUUGGCCAUGGACGAGCCCGUUCGCCAAAAUGUUGCCAUGACCGGAGAAAUAUCGUUGACUGGAAAAAUUUUGCCUGUAGGUGGCAUCAAAGAGAAGGUAAUCGCUGCAAAACGAGUGGGCGUUGACUGCAUUCUAUUGCCCGCUGAGAACCGAAAAGAUUAUGACGAUUUGGCCAGCUUCAUCACCCAAGGGUUGGAAGUUCAUUUCGUCGACCACUAUAGGGACAUUUUUCCAAUUGUUUUUCCUCACCUAGCCAACCAGGAGCAAGUCCAGUCAGUUAGUUCUAGUUAAAUGUGCCUCUUAUUCUUUUUUUGAUUGUAGUAUCACAUCGAGAUUUUCAUGUUGAAAAUACGAAUUUCAUUUAACAAA